ACAGACAAUCAAGCUUGGAGAACAUCAAGAAGCCCCUCAUUGGAACAUCUUCUUGGCCUUUUCAAGAGGCUUCUCCAACACCCAACUUCAAAAGGUACCAAUAUUUUUUCUAUUCUUGCGUCUUCAGAAUCUUUUUGCUUCCAUUGAAUACCAUAAUUAGAUGAUUCUGAUCAGUGUAGAUAUAGACACAUCUCAACAUUGGAAUAUCUUUUUUAAGAUCUUCAUGACUACCAAGAUGUACCAAGGUCUUUCAAGGUCAUCCCUACUAUUACAGCCUGAAACCCGAGGCCAUAAAAAUACAUUUCUGCUUGGCUGUUAGGCAGCACGAAGCCUGCAAGCUCAUUGGCUUCCUUGUUUAACCUUCAUCACAAUUCGCUCCCUCAGUUUUACUCCCUCUUUACUUUAGCUAGACGAGAUACUACCCAUGGUUGGUGCUAUGAAGUUUCUCUCCAGGCUUCCUCGCUUCCAGUCUGCCACUGUUCCUACGUUCCCUUGCAAAUUCAACCAUCAAACCACUCAUGCGUUUACAUCUCUGACUAACUCAGAUUCCGAGCCUCGAGAUGUGCCAGAAUAUUUUAAUUUUGCAAGCGAUGUCCUUGACAAAUGGAGCCAAAGAGAAAAGGAAGGGAAGAGACCUCCCAAUCCAGCCUUCUGGUGGGUUAGAGAGAAGGGGGAAGAGGUGAAGUGGACCUUUGAGGAGCUGAGCUACUUGUCCAGGAAGGCUGCCAAUGUGCUCUCAGAGGCCUGUAACCUGUGCAAGGGCAAUCGACUCCUGAUGAUACUUCCAAGGGUCCCCGAGUGGUGGCUGCUCAGCUUGGCUUGCAUCCGAACAGGCGUUGUCUUCAUUCCAGCUACAAUCCUUUUGACCGCUCCAGACAUAUUAUACAGACUCCAGCAAUCCAAAGUCAGUUGUAUUGUUGCCAACGAGGCUACUGCACCAUUAGUAGAUGCUGUGGGGUCUGAAUGCAGCUGGCUGAAAACUCGGAUCCUGGUUUCCAAGAGCCACAAAAGGGAAGGUUGGCUGAACUUCCAUGAUUUGCUACAAGCCGCCUCUGACCAGCAUCAACCUGUCCAGACGAAGUGUCUUGAUCCGAUGACCAUCUACUUUACCAGUGGGACCAUGGGCUACCCCAAAAUGGUGCAACAUUCCCACGGCAGUUUGGGCUUUGGGCUGGCCAGUGUUGCAAGAGAAUGGAUGGAUCUGACUUCUUCGGACAUUAUAUGGGGUCUUUCUGAUCCUGGCUGGAUAAAAUUUGCCAUUGGAUCUUUCUACUCUCCUUGGAGCCAAGGAUCGUGUAUAUUUCAACAUGGUUUUCUCCAGUUUGAUCCCAAAGUAGUUCUGGAGUCUCUUGCCAAGUAUCCGGUGACAACCUUUUGUGGCACACCGACCAUAUUUCGGAUGCUGCUCCAACACAACCCUAGCAGGUAUACGUUCAAGAGUCUGCACACCUGCUUGGGUGGCGGAGAACCAUGUAACCUAGACGUGCUCAAAGAGUGGAAGGAAGAAACUGGAUUCGAUAUCGGGGAAGGCUACGGGCAGACAGAAAGUUCCUUGCUAUGCAGCAGCAGAAAAGGACUGAAAAUUAAACCUGGAUUCAUUGGAAAACCUCUUUCUGGCGUUGAUGUCCGGAUCAUUGAUGAAAAUAACAAUUGUCUUCCUCCUGGAGAAGAAGGAGACAUCGCCGUGAAGAUCAAGCCACGAAGGCCUGUGGGACUUUUCAGUGGUUAUGUGAACGAUCCAGAAAAAACUGCCGCUACAGAACGUGGAGACUACUACAUCACUGGAGACAGAGGUCUCAUGGAUGAAGAUGGAUACGUCCAGUUCAUUGCAAGAGCAGACGAUAUCAUCCUGUCUUCUGGAUAUCGCAUUGGUCCAUUUGAAGUGGAGUACGCUUUGAUGAAACACCCUGCAGUAGCUGAAGCCGCUGUUGUUAGCAGCCCAGAUCCCAUCAGAGGAGAGGUGGUAAAAGCUUUUAUCAUCCUAACACCUGCCUACCAAUCACAAGACCAAGAGAAAUUAAGUUUGGAGCUGCAAGGACACGUGAAGAAAAUGACAGCUCCAUAUAAGUACCCCAGAAAGAUCGAGUUUGUUCAAGACCUACCCAAAACCAUUUCUGGAAAAAUCAAAAAGAGAUUGCUGAGAAAAAAAGAAUGGGAGACAGCCUAAUGGACUCUGGAGCUAAUUAUGGACUUGGGGAGAUUUUCUUUGUGUUGUUUUACUUUUGUAAUGUGGCCAGAAUCAGCGAUGAGAUCAGCGAUCAGCUGGUGACUUUGGGCGAUUAAUAGGAGACGGUGAGUUCUAGUCCCGCCUUAGGCAUUUAUAAAAGCAGCUGGGUGCCUUUGGGUCAGUCCCUCUCUCUCAGCCCAACUCACUUCACAGGGUUGUUGUUGUUGUGGGGAACAAUAGGAGGAGGAAAUUGUGUGGGAUAUGUUC